UGGAGGAAGUGGAAGCUGCCCAAAUGCGUCACACUCUACUCUAAGGCCGACGACGGACGACGGACGGACGGACCGACGUUAUACUCUCUCUCUCUCUCCCCCUCUCUCUCUGUUGCUGGAUCAAUCUACUCAUCCUCAUCGCCCCCUCACGCCCACAUCACUGCAGGUUUAUCGAAUUAGCAGCGGGUUUGAUUUUCUGGAAUUUCCGAGCUUGAAUAUCAAGGUCUGGAACCAAGCUCAAACUGUUUUUUCUGCAUUAGAGUAAUAGAGAUGGGUGAUAAUAGCAGUGAAGGUUCAUCUAUUGUUUCGGUAGAUGAGAAGAGAAGUAGAAAUAAGAGGAAAUAUCCAUCUGAUGUGUCCUUGGAUGUUCGAGCUGAUGCAUCAACUCUGUCUCUGACAGAAUUCCCUAGGUAUGAAAUGCUGGAGAAAAAUGGUGGAAAUUCUUUGAAAGAGCUGGAGUCAAGGAUAGAUACCUCUGACAAGAAUACCAAGGAGCAGCAAGUGGAGGAACACAAACCAACUGAUUGGGAUGAUCCUGUAGUCUGCCAGCUUGAGCUACUCUUGAAGAAUUCUAUGCUCACAAGUUUUAGCAAUACGGUGAAGAAGGUAAUGGAGCAUGGAUUCGAUGAGAAAGUAGCCGAGCAGGCUGUCUUUAAGACUUACGUGCUCGAUGGUACUGUGGAGGGUGCUUACAACGUUGCUGAUGGAGCUUUGAAUUUACUGAAGAGUGCCCAGAAGUUUAGCCUGCAAAAAAACCCUGUAAGUGAAGAAUUACAGGGCCUGGUGGAUUACAAAAUUCUGCAGAUGGUUAGCAUGGUCCGGGCGGUUAGGCCAACACUCAGUGUUGCUGAAGCAAUGUGGUGCCUGUUAGUAUGUGAUUUCAACCUUUUGAAUGCAUGUGUAACGGAUAAAGGCCUUUCUCGUUCUUCUUCUGUUUUGGAAUCUUCUGAAGAAUGUCGAGCACCUUCCCAAUCAGAAACCCCUGGAACGAGCCAUCAGAAUGCUGUCAUAAAGUUUGAUAAUUCAAUGUCCCCUGCUUUGGUUAUGACUCCAAAUGCUAAGCCGGAAGCCGCUGUUGUUACUAAGCCUGCCAGCCAACCAUCAGCUCCCAAGCCAAAUGCUAGUGCCUCCACUAGGUCCAUGAAAGAAAGUCCCCACGCUCUUCGAGAAGUGAAAGAGGGCAAAUUUAAAGCUGUUGGCGGGGAGCGUAUCCAGGCUUCUCGGGGUACAGGCAUGGAUGAGAAAUUAGGGGUGAGCAAAAAGGGAUCAUCCUCUAAUUGCAAGAGAGAUGUGCAUAGGCAAAAGGCUCAGUUCGAUAAAAAUUACAAAGGUAGAAUGUCAAAAGGAAGCGCCAUUUUGGACAAGUCCAUAAAUCCACAAUCUGGUUCAUCUGUUGUUACUGCAAAGGUGAGUGGUUCAAUGUCAUCUACUUCAGCUGGAAUGAGUGCAGAACAAAAGCAGAGCAAUUUGCGGUCCAUCUUGCGUGAUGCCGUGUCACCUGUUGAGGAUGCUGUGCCUAAAUCAACUACAGAGAGCUCCAAACUUCUAUCAUCAGCCACAGAUCCUGCCCCCGCCCAUGGGAUUGAAAUUUAUUCUUCUGAUCCUGUUAAUGAUCCAUCUUACGAAACUAUGCAAAAGUAUGCCUCACAAAAUGAGAGUUUUCUGAUGCUGCUGUCUCAUAAGCAGGCACGCGAGAAAGAGCUCCAACGCUGGACAGAUUGGGCAAAUGAGAAAGUCAUGGAGGUUGCACAGAGGCUCAGAGGACACACGGAAGAUUUGAAAACGUUGAGGCGGGAGAAAGAAGAGGCAGAAAAAUUUAAUAAAGAUAAGCAUGUUAUUGAGGAGAAUACCAUGAAGCGCCUGUCUGAAAUGCAGAAUGCACUCAAUGUUUCCGCUGGUCAGAUGGGGGUGGCCACUGUGUCUAUCCGCCAGCUUGGAGAGGAGAAUAUUGUGUUGAAGAAUGAAUCGGAAACUGCUCAUGUACAUGCUAUGGAUGCUGAAGCGAAUUUGCAGGAAGUUUCGCUGAGGGAACGGGAGGUGCAGAAAAAGACGCGGACAUGUAAGCCUGAGAAGGAUCUGCUGCAGGAUGAACAGACAGAUGUGAGGCAAUGCGUAGUGCAGGCGGGUGCUGCUUUGGAGAAGGCCAAAGCACAGUAUAAUCAAUCGAAGGUUCAGUGGAAGCAGGAAAAGAAUGAGACGUUAAGCGUUGUGAAACAGGUUGACAGCUUAAGGAGGCAAAGAGAAGAGAAGGAGUCUCAGGCGGAUGCGGAUGAAGACAGCAUGAAACAAGCGGCAGCGGCGGACACGCAGAAAUGCCUGGAAAGCAUCAAGGAUCUCGAGGACAAGAUGGCGGAGCUGAGACUUGAGUCGAACAGAUCGAGAAUAGCAGCACUGAAUGUAGGGUACGGCGGGGGCGGGGGCAGCAAGGGGGGCCAAGGUGGGGGUGGUUUCGGAGCAGAGGAGGAGAUGAAGCGGGAGAGGGAGUGUGUGAUGUGCAUGGAGGACGAGAGGUCGGUGGUGUUCCUGCCGUGCGGGCACCAGGUUCUCUGUGGGAAAUGCAGCGCUGUUCUGGAGGGGCAAGGGAUGAACAAUUGCCCAUCUUGCAGGAGAUGUGUGGCGAUGCGGAUUCCCGUCACCUAUCCAUCCACCCACCCCUGAGAAUGUAGUGUAAGGAUGAUGAUGAUGGGGUCCGGGGAGAGAGUAGUGAAGUGAAGUGAAGUUUGUGGCGGCAUCUCGAACACAACCUGGCUGGCUUGAUCUUGAUCUUGAUCUUGUCUGCCAGUCGGUCUCACUCAGUAAUAAGGGUGAUUUUAUGAUAUCAUAAUUAUAAACUUGCUAUGUUGUUUAGCAAUGAGGAUUUUCUUUCUUCUUCUUCUUUUUUUUUUCUUUCAAAAAUAAUAGUACUAUAAAUACAAUUGUCUUCUUGGUGCUGGCUGGUGCUGGCUGGU